AUGGCUGUCGCCGAAAAGGGCCAGAAGCCAGGCAUGGCCAAAAGAAUCUUUCUCAUGCUUGCACCAGAUUCAGCAAAGGAUGACGAUGGUCGCGAUAACUUCAACUCGCGCUCGCAAUUUGUCCUCUGCGCUAUGGGCGGUGCCGUCGGUUUGGGAAACCUGCUGCGCUUCCCCUCUGUCGUUUUCAACAACUAUGGUCUGCAGUUCUUCAUCCCCUACGCCGUCGCGCUUUUCCUCAUCGGUAUUCCCAUCCUCAUUCUCGAGAUCACCCUCGGUCAGGCCUAUCGUGGCGGGUGUGUUAUUGCAUGGAACAAUGUGAACCAUCGUGCCAAGGGUAUCGGACUGAGCAUGGUGUUCAAUGGCUUUAGUGUCGUUGGAUACUAUGUUCCAAUUCUGGCGUGGGCUAUGACUUAUUUCAGGAUGUCGUUUCAGAGUCCGCUGCCUUGGGCUGGAGAGGACACCGAGGAUUUCUUUAGCAAUAGGGUUGUUCGCAACAUUCCUGCUACGGGAGGUGCCGAUGACGGCGGUGGUCUGAAGCAUUAUCCCGGCCGUGGCAUCGUUGGUGAGACCUUUGGUUGGUGCAUCAUGAUCUGGUUCGUCGUGUGGAUGUGUACCUUCAAGGGUGUCGGUCUCACUGGCCGUGUCAUCUACAUUACCAUGGCCCUUCCCCUCAUAAUGAUUGGUAUUCUCGCCAUCCGAUCCCUCUCCCUUCCCAACGCCUCCGAUGGCUUUGCACUAUAUGUUGGCAUGUGGCGAAGCGAGUCCCUCGAGGGUCCUCGCGUAUGGCAAGACGCCUUUGGACAGAUGUUCUUCUCCAUUGGUGUCGGCUUCGGCUACUUCACCUCUUACGCCUCUUAUAACAACAAGUUUGCCAACGCUGUUCAAGAUGCCUUUAUCAUUGCUCUCAGUAACUCUGCUAUCGAGAUCAUCUCAGCUUUGGCUGUCAUGGGCGUUGUAGGCUACCUCGGCAUCAAUCCCGGUGAUGUCGACCCUCUGUCUACCUUCAGCUCUGGCUUCUUCUACUACCCUCGGGCUUUGGCGGAGAUGCCUGGAUCUAACUUUUUCUCUGCUCUCUUCUUUAUCACUCUGGUCCUUCUUGGACUUACCUGUGUGUUUGCCCUCGCCGAGGUUCUUGUCACUCUCCUCUGUGAUACCAACAUGGGCCAGCGCAUUCCUCGCUGGAUCAUCUCUACCUCCGUCAUCAUCCUUGGUGCUCUUACUUCACUCAUCUACAGUAGUGAAUUUGGCUUUAGUGUCCUCGAUGCUGUCGAUGCCUUCGUCAACGAUAUCGCUCUUUUCAUUACUGUCUGGUCAGAGACGUAUAUGGCCUGCACGCUCUACCGGUGGAAGGAUCCCGUCGAUCAGAUCGGUUUCAUCAGCUAUUUCGUUUACAAUGGCGGCUAUGUUUUGUCUCUAUUCCUUGGUCUUCUCAUUGGUCACCUCGUAAGCGCCCCAGCUGGUGCUGGCGUUGGCUUUGGUAUCUUCAUCGGCUGCGCUGUCUUCACUGCCUUCUUUGGCAAGACUCCAUCUAUCCCUGCUCCCCGAUUCUGGGGAAACAAUGCUAUUCUCAGCCGCUUCUGGUAUGCGGCCUUUUACUCAGGCAACCAAAUCCGUCGCGAUCUCAACAACGCCAUCCUCGGGGGCAAGUCGAACUGGAAGAUCCAUUGGGUAUGGCCAAUUUGUCUCAAGUAUAUUACAGGCCCAGCUGUGGCUCUCGUGUUCUCCUUUGCCUAUCCCAAGUUCCUCAACAACUACUCCGAUGACCCCCCUUUCAUCUACAGCUUUGUUCUUAUGCACAUGGUUGUCAUUUUCAUCAUCGGUGCAUUCCUUGCCCCUCGCUUCCUCAACAUUCUUAUCCCAUCCCACCGUCUUGAUCGUGGUGAUGGAAAGUAUGAUGUCGCUCCCCAAAUGACCAUUGACAACCGCCCCAUCGUCGACAACGGUGGACUUGAGGGUGGCCACGCUGAUACUGAUGCUGCUCACCACAGCCCCAGCGCAGAUGGAAACAGCAUGGAGGCUGACAAGGGUGUCUUCCAACCGAAGGAUGAGUCCAGGAGGCUUGAGGCUCCUGUUGAGCCACGACAGUAG